GGAUGAAUAUAUCCGGUGAGGUAGAGUCUAUUCUUGAAAGAUUAUCUGAACAUGUGAACAGAUCAGGAGACAACCUUCUCCUACAGGAGUUGUCAGCGCCUAGUCUCUCCCUACCCCAACCCUGGGUAAUCUUCUUCCUUAUCCUCUACAUCCUCACAGCACUCGCCAGCAUCAUAGGGAACAUUAUGGUUGUUCUUGCUGUCUACAGGACUCCAUCUUUACAGACAGAAGGAAACUUCUACAUGGUUAGUUUAGCAGUUUCAGACUGCUUACUCGUCAGUGUUGCAGCUCCGGCCACACUUACUCAACUCUUCAUCAGCAGCUGGCCGUUUCAAGCAGAUUGGAUUGGGUCUGGAUUAUGUGUCAUGACCGGGUUCUUUCCUGUCUUCUUGUCCUUCAUGUCCACCUUCAGUAUCAUCUGCAUAUCGUUGGACAGGCACCGGCUUAUUGUGCAUUCUUCCAACAAAGCCAGUAAGCACAUGAGGAUGAAAAUAGCUGUAGGACUGUGCUGGAUUCUAGCUUUUCUCUUCGCGUCACCUCUUCUUAAAGCAAUGCAAGUUCUAACCCACAGUAUCCCAGUUGGACAAAGUUUCUUGGCUCGGAGCUACUGCAUUGAAAACUGGGAUUUUAAUCAUGGUCGUCUCUUCUACAGCUUGGUUCUUUCCAGUAUCCAACUAAUCCUUCCCUCUUUAAUCAUCAGUCUGGCUCAUUUAUCUAUCAAUAGGAGGUUGACCCAUCUACCGUUCCCUAGACCACGUGUUCGUCUGUAUAGAACUCAGCGACUACUGAUCACGAUUGUUGUCGUCUUCACAGUAUCCUGGCUCCCCUUGAACCUGAUCAACCUACUCCUGGAUCUUGAUAUUGGAGACAAACUCGGAAUACAGAUGAGUGACCAGCAAAAGAGGAUACUGUUUGCGGCAUUCCAUCUAAUUGGCAUGUCGUCUUCGGUUUCCAAUCCAAUAAUCUACGGGUACUUUAACACUUCAUUCAGGAAAGUUUAUUCUCGAAUGAUCUUCGGAGGUGGUCGAAAGAGUCCGAGUACUACUACAAACCGGAACUAUGUCUGUGUCAACCAGUCGAGGUUUUAAACAGACAAACUCAUUCAAAAUUUAAUUUUCCUCAUCCGCUGGGUUUUGUUUGAUACAUUUUUACAUAUUUUAUUUUCGAUCAACUUUCGCGGAUAUUGUAUGAUAUAUAUUUUCAGGAUUUAUCUAUCAUGUUUGAAUUAGCUUUUGAACAAAUACACAAAGACAUGAAUUAG